GCCUCUCUCUGUGAAAAAAUAACUAAAAAUCCCACUGACGUGUGUAUAAAUCUAUAUACGUGUAAUGUCCCGCUGUGCAGCAACUUAAAAAAAACCCCAACUUUUUUUGAAGUGUUGUGAACGCAGCGCGCUGGGGCGAAUGUCCGCGUUUGCCCAAUAGAAAGGAGGCAGCCAGCCAGGCACAGAAAAGAAAGAAACACUCCAGGGCAAUGCUGCUGUAACUUUUACUCAUUGAGAAAUGUUUCCCUGCUUGCAUCAAGCCCGGCUGAUAGUCACCUGAGAUCCAUAUCCCACCCCGAUUGGUAGGUUAGUUCAGCUCCGCACACAACACUGUAAAGUGUCAUACAUUAUCAAACUCGCGGGCCGCACUAAUAUUAAAUUUUCAUAUUAAGGUGGGGGCCAAAAACUAUCGUCCUGCGGGCCGCAAUUGGCCCGCGGGCCACGAGUUUGAGACCCCUGCUCUAUGAGAAAGGCAGCGAGAAAAGACUAAUGAUCCAGCAUGUGGAGCCAGUCAAUCCAAUAACAUGGACAAGUACGAAAAGGUGAAGAAAAUUGGGGAAGGUUCAUUCGGAAAGGCUAUCCUGGUCAAAUCCAAAGAUGAUGGACACCAAUAUGUCAUCAAGGAGAUUGGCAUAUCUGGAAUGUCCAGCAAAGAGAGGCAGGAAUCUCGAAAGGAAGUUGCUGUUCUUGCCAGCAUGAGUCAUCCAAACAUCGUCCAGUAUAAGGAAUCUUUUGAAGAGGGUGGAUGUCUGUAUAUUGUGAUGGACUACUGCGAGGGUGGAGACCUAUUGAAAAAGAUCAACUCUCAGAAAGGGGUACUGUUCUCAGAAGAGCAAAUCCUAGAUUGGUUUGUGCAGAUCUGCCUAGCGCUCAAGCAUGUACACGAUCGAAAAAUUCUCCACAGAGACAUAAAAUCACAGAACAUCUUUUUGACAAAAGAUGGAACAGUUCAGCUUGGAGACUUUGGAAUUGCAAGGGUGCUGAACAGGUAUGCACACUGUUGUCUAAAUAGCCCUGCAGUUUUUCAUUAAGCAUAGAUUUCAGACUAAAAGUUGAAGAACACUUUGCAUUUCUGGUAAUAAGACAUUCUG